CAGAGCCCACCCAAAAUGGCGAGAAGGCAAAUGGCUUUUGUCUUUCUUCAUAUUUUAACAUGAUGGCGGAGAAAAUAUGAUAUGAAUGCAGGGGACUAGUUCAUCAUCUUCCGAGUUUUUUUGUCUGAAAACGUCAGAUUUUGGGAUUGUCCUGUCUAUCCCAUUGUCUGAUGUCGUUGUUUUUAGUUAACUGUAGGCGAUACAGUAAAAACAUCAAAAUAUUGAGUUAUCAUUGAAAGGUGUUCUUGAAAUAUUAGAAAUUUGGCUGCCAAUAUUGCUGACUACUUAAAAAAAGUUUGAAAAUUGAUCGAGAACAAUGAGAGAGUAUAAAGUAGUCGUUUUGGGGAGUGGUGGGGUUGGUAAAAGUGCACUGACAGUCAAGUUUGUUUCGGGAACAUUUAUGGAGAAAUAUGACCCCACGAUUGAAGACUUUUACAGGAAAGAAAUUGAAGUGGAUUCUGCUCCUUCAGUUUUGGAAAUCCUUGACACUGCUGGAACUGAACAGUUCGCAUCAAUGAGGGAUUUGUAUAUAAAGAACGGACAAGGAUUCGUUAUUGUGUACAGUAUAACAAGCUUACAAACUUUCCAAGAUAUCAAAUCCAUGAAAGAACAAAUUAUGCGUGUAAAAGGGAUUGAAAAUAUUCCAAUGAUAUUAGUGGGAAAUAAAGCCGACUUGGAACACCAAAGGGAGGUACCGUCAAAGGAAGGUGCAACAUUAGCUCAAAUAUGGGGAUGUCCCUUCUUAGAAACUUCGGCCAAAAAUACUCAAAAUGUCAAUGAAGUUUUCAUAGAAAUUGUACGGGAGAUGAACACUAGUCCAGUCAAGGAAAGCAACGGAUGCUGCUGUAUAGUUUGAAAGCAGAGGCUGUCUAAGCUCUUCAAAAGUAUCACAUGACAGGGAAUGUAGCAGGGGACAUCACUCUGCAGUACUACAGGCAUGUUAAGAAAUCUACACUGUCAGCACACUUCAGAAGGGGACAUAACUCUUGAUGCCACCACUAACGUUGACAGCAAUUUACUGUGCUGCAGAGAAAAAAAUAACUAUGGACGACUUCAUAAAACCAUAGAUAUUACCAUGAAUUUUUCACUGCUGACCUGAAAUCAAAACUCCUUGUUUUAUAGUCAUUGUCAAAGAUAGAGUUAAUGAAAUAAGAUUGACAAAGGAGACAACUUUAAUUGUCUGGAGUUACUGUUUGACAAGGAAUGUUUCAAAUAAGACAUACCUUACAUUCACUUUAAAUAUAGUGAUAGCUAUUCAGGAUUUUAUAGAUCUGAGAGAUGAUGAGCCAGUUUUAAACACAGUUCUUAUUUUAUAAUCCGAUAUAUUUAAGUCUGUAUGUGCACCGACAAUGUAUAUAUACAGAAUAUUAUAAUUGUAUUCUUUGUUAUUGAGUAGGUAAAUUAUUUAGUAACUUGUAAAUAAACUUAAUAUCACAAUUGGAGGUUUGAUAAAUUGGUACAUAUGUUAACAAAUAUUAAAAUCAGGAUUAUCUAGGAAAAUAAAUAAAAUAAACAGAAUUUAGUGUGUAACAGUGAAUGCCUAAAUGGAAAUCAUACAUUAUGUUAAUGUUCAAGAACUGUCAGCCCAGAAUUGACCUCACUGAAAGAAAACCAGGCUUUGUUUCAGUUAUUGAUGUCAAGAAAAACAUUAAAAAACAUAAUGAUGAUAUAACUUGGAAUAUGUGGGUAAUGUAAUGAAAUAGAAGUAUUUGGUGGACAUUUUUCCUGAGCGAGUUAUUACUAACACUAGUGGAUAGUGUUUUUAUUGAGCCAGAGAAAAUCGUUAAGUGUGGCCAUGUUAUGAGGACUAUCUUUGGUGUGACAAGACAAGUCUCUGUUCUACAUCUUAGAACCUAUAUUAAUGGAAUAUUUGAUUUCACAUUCAUUAACUAUAAGUAUAGAACUCCAUUAACAUUAAGAAUAAAUGUGAAUAUGAUAUAUGAAAGAGAUAUGACAAAAGGUUUGUUAACUUCUAAUUGCUUUUCGGAGAAAAAUAGGACAAUGUUUUGAAAUGACAUGUGUUUGGAAUCGUAAAAUUUCCCUAUUUUUUUUUUUAACUUUUGAAGUUUCUAGAUGUCAAUCAAGAAGCAGUUGUAAGCUUUGGGCAAGCAUUUAUUUCGAUUGUUUUUUUCAUCCAGUUUAAUCGCACCAUGUCGUUAGUUUAAAUAUUGACAGAAAAUUGCAAAUUGUAUCUUAUUUAGAUGUUUCUCAGAAACUGUAUUCCAAAGAAAUGCCAUUUCUAUGAAAACAAACAGUUCUAUGAUUGAGUAUAAAGUGUGCUCAAAGUGUAAGAGGACUUAUAAGAAAUCCUCUGGUUGAUCACACUCCUUUUUUCUAUCAUAUAGAAUUGUAAGUUCAGAAAGGUGACAUGUUCAUUAAUGAACAACUGUUCAAUAUUCCUUUGUUUUGUACUCUCCUCUAAGGGUCAUUGACAAAUUUGUAUUGAUAUUUUAGGAAAGGGGUUGUUAAAACAGAGGUGCGAGAUCUGUCCUGAUUCAUGUCUGGGUAAUAUAUAGGAUAAUGCUGUAGAACAGGGACUUGUAUAUGUAAGAUCUGUGCUGAUUCGUGUCUGGGUUAUAUAUAGGAUAAUGCUGUAGAACAGGGACUUGUAUAUGUAAGAUCUGUCCUGAUUUGUGUCUGGGUUAUAUUUAGGAUAGUGCUGUAGAACAGGGACUUGUAUAUGUAAGAUCUGUCCUGAUUCGUGUCUGGGUUAUAUAUAGGAUAAUACUGUAGAACAGGGACUUGUCAGUGAUGUUGUUACUUGAUAUGGAUGUUUGAAUUAUUUCUGUAUAAAUCAGUGUGUUAACAUUUUUCUAUCAAAGGUUGUCUCUUAUAAGAGAGAGAAACAAGUCACUGUAAAUAGGCGACUGAUGCUGAGCCUACUUAAAAAAGUGCAUACAAAUUCCAUAUUUUUAUUUUCUCUUGAAUCUUGCUCCAUCAUUACAGUCAGUACAUCAUCAUAAACAUUCUGCCAAAAUCCACACCAUGGACCAAAACACUGUGACCUUAAUAUUUUCCUAACAAUUUCACUUAUGACUCACAAUUAUAUACAAAAUGUAUAUAUUGACAGUAUGAAGAUUGCCAUGGUAACCUGAAAUGACUUUCAUGGGUCCCUGAAUGGAUAUUGGAGGUUAACCACACCAGACCAAAUGUUUUCUUUUUCAUUGAGCCUAAAGAUUAAUUGCAGUAGUACAUUGUGUAACCUUCAAAUGUAUUAAAAGUUGUUAUACCUUUAAAGGGUGGUGACAGCGACCUAAAAACUUGUGCAAAUGUAAAUUCACACUUCAUGAAGUCUAUUAUGUGUAAUUGGUAUAUUGUAUUGCUUUCAAGGGAUUUUACUACCAUGAUCACAAAGCUGUAUAUUUUGUGUGAUUGGUAUAGCUUUCAAGCUUUUCAACUACUAUGAUCACAAAGCUUUUUAUUUCUCAGCCACCAUGAUCACACAAUUGUAUUUUUGCGUAAUUGGCAUUGCUAUUUGGAGACCAAUGUAAAUCUUUAAUUUUCCCCAAAAAUAAGUGAAAUUUUCACUGUUAUUUCAUGAUUAAUUAUCUUUUCAUUGUCAAAAUGUAAUAAUUACAAUUUAUCCAAAUAUUCUGUCUUGACUAAGAAUGAAUAGCUGUAAGUUCUUAAUGCUGAAGAAGAUUCUUUGUGCAUCAUAACAUCUCAUACAGUGUGUGUGUGUAAAAGAUGUUGUAACCACAAGUGCUGAUGUGUUGGAUGUUUUCGGCCUAUACAUGUGUAACAUUAAUUGUUUCAAUUAAAUAUUGUAUAGUAUUUUUUUAGAAGCUGAUUAAUUUGGGUUGAAAGAUAGGAAUCAAUUUUGAAAAGUAUAUUUCAAAUCCAGAAUCAAUAAACGUUUACACCGUCAUACUUUACAUAGCAAUUAGAUAUAACUGAUUUUCAGAAGGAAUUUCUUUACAGUGAAACCAUCAUUUUAUGAAUUUUAUUAUGUGAAAAUUUUACAACUAUAUUGGAUCAUCUUUAAUAUUUUUCAUGAUAUUAAGCAUAUACUAAUAUUUCAUUUUAAUUGUGUGGUCUUUUUGACCCGGAAGCUUCUGAAAAGUUAUGCAGUAUUCAUGUUUCAUAUCAAUACUCGGCCAUGUUUAAGAAUAUCAAUACAUGCAACAAAAAUGUAUUUGAUGUGAUAUUAAGUUCAGCCACUUUCAAAAUAAAAUUAAGAGUUGUUCAAUUGCUAUUUGUGCAGCAAACUUUGCUUGUGCUAUUUCGUGGCAAUUUUGUGCAAAUCUGUGUAAUAAUAAGAAGUAUCUGCUUGAACACAAUUCACCCUGUCCAGUGCUGCUGAUGGUUCAUCAUGCUGUUUUUCUUUAUUUGGUGAAUAUUGACUUGUGCAAUUGUUGUGCACAUAUACAGUUGUUAUCAGAAGCGGCCUAUCUGUGGCUAUUUAGUAACAUAUGUUGUAAUCUAUACAAGUUUGUGUAUUCUGCAGGUCGGAUCACUGACACUGAUCAGUACUAUUGCUAUUGUCAGGGUUUUUACUUUCAAGACUAGAAGAGUUAAUCCCCUUACAUGUUAAAUUUAGCAUGAUUAUCUCCCUUAGGAGAAAUAUUAAGUGUACUAAAAAUUAUUAGCGAAGAAUUCUCCUCAAUGUAUACCUAAUAUUUUUAUGUAAAUUUUUAAUCAAGAACUAUUGUAUACUUUGAAAAUAAAGAUAAGUUUUUUCAUAUA